AUGGCAUUAGAGGUUAAGAAAGUGAUAGCUGCGAGUGCGCCUCGCUGGGCUGAUCAGCUGACCGGAGAACAGAUCGCUGAAUUCAAGGAAGCUUUCUCCCUAUUUGACAAAGGUGGCAACGGCACCAUCCCAACAGAGGAACUUGGAACCAUCAUGAUCACUGGUCAGAACCCAACAGAAGCCGAACUGCAGGAUACGAUCAACGAAGUGGGCCCUGGUGGUAAGGGCACCACUGACUUCCCAGAAUUUCUGACGUUGGCCAGAAAAACAAAAGACACGGACAGUAAAGAAGAAAUGCAUGAGGGAUUCCAAUUCGAUAAGGGUGGCGGUGGCUACACCAGCGCUGCAGAGCUGCAUCACGGCGCGACCAACUGGGGAGAAAAACUAGCCAAGGAGGAAGCAGGUGAGAUGAUCAGAGAAGCGGAUGUUGGUGGAGAUGGACACGUCAGCUGCAAAGAAUUCGUGCCGAUGAUGACUGCAAAAGGAUUGGCGAGGAGAACGGAUCAGGGAAACAGGAAGCAGUGGAAUGUGACAGCUUCUGUCUCCUGCAGGGUGGCAAGGUGCUGCCUCUCAGUUGAUGACUGUAGAGACUUCAACAGGAUCUUACAGACCAGCAGGAAGCUGAAGCAGCUGAACGUGUCCUACAACUGCUUGGACAAAGGCGUGCCCGUGCUGUGCGAGGCCCUGUGUCACCCGGACUGCGCUCUGGCGGUCUUGGACUUAGUUUACUGCAGCCUCAGUGAACGUUGCUGGGAAAAGCUCUAUGAAGUUCUUCUGUUUAACAGACGCUUGACCCACCUGGACCUCACGUCAAAUGUCCUGAAGUUUGAGGAACUGCAACUUCUCUGCAAGGCCCUGAAGCAGCCAGGCUGCCCCCUGCAGUCGCUGUGGUCGGCGUCUCUGAGGUCUGCUUUGAAGGCCACGCCUCCAUCCCAGGGGCCUGGCUGGCCGGGAAGGCAGCAGGAACUGAGGAAGGCCGUGCAGGCUGAGAAGCACAGCUGACCCUUGAACAGGGCACUGUGGAUUAAUCUGCAUAUAAAUUACAGUCUGCCCUUCGCAUCCACGGUUCCCCCACAUCCACAGAUCCGACCACCACAGACCGCGCGGGGCUGUGGUACUUACUGCGGAAAAUGCCCACGUGCAGCUCAGGUCCACGUUGUUGGAGGGUCCCCGGUACGCGACUCAGAUUCUUGGCGCGAUGUUCAAGUGAACAAACCUGUACCUCGACUCCUGUGUCACAGAGUUAAUACGUUGUAAGGCGUCAUUCAGCAGGUGCACCUAAGGGCUGAGGGAGAAAGAGAGGAGUUCGGCUGGGCCUGAGGGACGGGUUUAUGGCUAGAUGGCUGGCAUGGGUUCUACAAGACACAUGAGUUUUGUCAGGCGGAGAAGGAGAACUGAAACUCCAGGUAUAAAGGCUAAACGUGGGGAUGGGGCAUCUGAUGACCUAUGUGGGAGUUAACGUGGGUAGAAGAAGGGACGCUCUAGGAGGAAUCAGGGCAGGGAGAGAGUAGUUGGAAAGGAGACAAUGAAAAGACUCCAUUUCAGGUUAUAAAACUGAGAAACAUGUGGGUAACCUGGUG